AUGCUGAGCAGGUUGAUCCUGAGUGUCUUCCUGCUGCCAGCAGAGGGCCGUUCACCCCCCAAAGAUGGAGACAAGUCAAAGUCAUCAGGACUGGAUCUGUUACAGCUAGUGGAUGAUGUGUCCGCCCGCCCGGCUGGGCCAUGUGACGGUGGACGGGCCCCGGUGAGGCUAUCGAACGCACCCACCCCUCAGCGGGCUGAUGGAGAGCGGCUCCCCCCGCUAACGCGGCUACCGGGAGCCAGCCCGGGAGGACCCGGACAGCCGCCGCCCGGCCGGAGGGGCGGUAUCCGGCCCGGACCGACCCCGCAGGAUGGACAGGGGCGCCGCUACGGGGGGAAGCAAGCGGCUAAGCGCACCAUCUUGAAAGGUCUGGGGCUGGAAGGGAAGCUGACUGCAGACCAGAUCGCCAAGAAAUGGGACAACCUGCGGUCCAAAUAUAAGGACCUGAAGCAGCCCUACCAGGGCCAGGACCACAACGGGGGCGUGGUGGAGUCGUGGCCCUGGUUCCACAUCAUGGACGAGGCCAUGCAGGGCCGGCUGUACAACAGCAGCCUGGCGCUGAGCCCACUGGCGGCCGCCGGCGCCCCGCAGCCCCACCAGGAGAGCACCGACAUCCUGGAGUUCCUCAUCAAGACGGAGAUGGACGACUCUGUGGCGGCUGAGGCGGCGCAGUGCGACGGGACGGUGCACGCAGAGGCCCCCCCGGCCGAGGGGGUCCCCAUGGGCUGGAGGAGGAUGACCGAGUGCUCCUACAAGAUGACGGAGCCAGAAACAGAGAGGAUGAUCAAGCUUCGGGCUGCGAACGAGGCGCUUUUCACUGGCAGGAAACACUCGGCCAAGCCGGCCUGGAGAGCCAUCCUGUAUGAGCUGGGCCUUCAGGGCAAGCUGACCACCGACCAGCUGGCCAAGAAGUGGGACAACCUGAAGAGGAGGUACAAGGAGCUGAAGUUCCCGUCCCGCGGCGUGGAGACCAACCCCAGCUCCUGGCCCUGGUUCUGCAGGAUGAACGACGCCAUGGAGGGCCGCUUCGCCGGCGCCGCGCCCAUCCUGUCCCCCGUGCUGGAGUACGAGGACGAGGACUGCGAGCCGCUGUCCUCCACGCCCAAGAAGCGCGCCCGCCGGAGCCGGGGGGGCAUGGCCGAGUUCCUGACCGAGUCGGAGAUGGACCUGCUGGUGGACGGCGAGGAGAAGAACGGGUCCUCGCUGGGAGAGCUGCAGCGGCUGUCCGAGUUCAGCUACAAACUGACGGAGGAUGACACCAGGCGGCUGAUCGAGCUGCGAGCUGCUAACGAGUCUCUGUUCACUGGGAGGAGGAACACGGUCAAACCGGCCUGGAGGGGAAUCGUGAAGGAGAUGGGUCUGACGGGGAAAAUAACCCCCGACCAGGUGGCCAAGAAGUGGGACAACCUGAAGACCAAGUUCAAGGACCUGAAGUUCCCCCCCCGGGGGAUGGAGGCCCAGACCAACCCGGCCUCCUGGCCCUGGUUCCAGCUGAUGGGCGACGCCCUGGAGGGCCGUCUGGCGGGCAAAGCCCCCAGAGUGGCGCCGGUGUGGAGCACGGAGGAGGACGGCGUGUCGGUGGCGUCGCCCCCGGCCGACAGAGACUGUCUGCUGGGCGCCCGGGGCGGCGUGCCGGAGCUGGAGGGCAUGGUGGGCGGCGAGGCCGAGGCCGACGGCAGCAUCACCUACAUCGACGCCAGCGGGGAGGAGUGCUCCACGCUCUCCGAGCUGUCCUACAAGAUGACCGACCAGGACACCAGGAUGAUGAUCAAACUGCGAGCUGCCAACGAGGUGCUGUUCACUGGGAGGAGGAACGCCGCCAAGGCCGCCUGGAAAGCCAUCCUGAAGGAGCUGGGACUCCAGGGGAAGGUCUCCACCUACCAGAUGGCAAAGAAGUGGGACAACCUGAAGAGGAGAUACAAGGACCUGAAGUAUCCUCCCGUGGGGAUGGAGAGCGUGGCGGACGGCGCCUCCUCCUGGCCCUGGUUCCAGCUGAUGAACGAGGCCAUGGAGGGCCGGCUGGCCAGCAGCGCCCCCCUCCUCACGCCCGUCACCCAGGACGACGACCAGCAUCCAGACCCCGCCCCCAGGCCCCGCCCCCGCCAGGCCCCGGCCCCGCCCGCCUCCUCCUCCUCCCCCGCCGACUUCGGCCCGGAGGCGUUCGGGGACGGCGUGGAGCCGGCGGGCGACGGGCCGCUGGCCGGCCUGGAGCGCGAGUGGGAGGCGGUGGGCCGGGAGCGGGCGGCGCUGCAGGCCGAGAGGCUGUGGCUGGACCGGGAGCGGGCGGCGCUGGAGCGGGACCGCGCCCUGCUGGAGCAGGACCGGGCGGCGCUGGGCCGGGAGAGGGAGCUGCUGGACCAGAGGGCGCUGAUGCUGAACUCCGUGGGACACUCGGGGCACCUCAACAGCCUCAUGUAG